AUGGCCCCGUCCCAGUCACAUCUCGCCUUUCUCGAUCCCCUCAUGGAGUCCAUCUCCUUCUAUGCAGUCUCCACGACGAAUCGAAGUGGCUUGAUUAUCAUCGCUGAAACACUGUUUAUGACGUGGAUGAUCAUAGUGAAUCUGAUUCGACUAUACAUGCGUCUGGCGAUCAAUGGACCGGUCAAGAUUGAUGACGCGGUAGUCUUUACUGGGAGUGUAAUAGCCAUUGCCCAUGUCGGAACAAUCAUAGAUGCAACUUCACAUGGUCUGGGCCGAUCGGAGGACGAAAGCUCGGCGUCGGACUUAAUACGCGCUGGAAAGGUCGCCCUCCCUAUCCUUGAACCCCCAAACCUGGCCUUUAGUGCCGCUCGAAAGAAGAACAGAAGAAUCAAAGAGAAAGAAACUGACGAUAAUGCCUGGAAAAUUAUCACUGCGUUUGAUGUGAUUACAGAUAUCCUUACUUUUGGACUAUGUAUCCUCCUGGUGUGGGGAGUUCAGAUGCGGCGGAAGCAAAAAUGGGCAGUAAUUUUCGCGUUUGGGACUAGGGCUCCAGUUGUAAUCUUGAUUAUACUCCGCCAAACCUAUCUUGAGCGCUCACUUUUCCAUUCCAACGCGCCUCUGCAUCUAUCGAGUGCAAUGAUCCUGACCGCUAUUCUCCUUCACUGCAGCAUCAUGGUAUCCACCGUGCCAUGUCUGAAGCCGUUUGUUAUGUCAUUCAAUACCGGAUGGGGACAGGGCGUCACAAAUGGCAACGGGCAAAACUCGUAUUUAACACCUACGGGGAAAAGCGCAUCGGCCAACCAAUCCCACUUCUACUCAAUGAACCGAGGAGAGGAGGUCGAGGCUUAUUGGAAUAAUUCCCGGCUAUCGCAGGAUAGCCAGCACUCGCAACGUCUGAUUAUUCACCAGGUGCGAGAGUGGAAGGUGGAGGAGCAGUAUGAGAUGCACUCUGUACAGAAUAAAAUUUAA